AUGGGGUAUAACAAUCCUCUUCCUCCUCUUCCUUAUGAUCUCAAAGUUCAUGACCAGGAGCUUAUGAAGGGUCGAGAGGUUCUCGCUCGGGAUGACCUUGCAAUCCAUGCAAAGACCUCUAUCGGACUUCCUGCAGAGUAUCAUUUUGACAUUCGUGUUUGGGUUACAAUAUCUCAAGAAUAUCGAGGUAGAAAUGUGUUGUUAGAUGCUUUACAUUGCAUUUUGAAGCAAACAAAUAUUGUCAAAGAAAAUGAUUAUGAUACGAUGGAUGAUUGUGAGUUAGCCGACCUAGUACAGAAAAACCUAAAGGGUUCAAGAUACCUUGUUGUUGUUGAUGAUAUUUGGAGUGCGGAUGUUUGGGAUAGUAGAAGAGUUAUAUUUCCUAAUUACAACAAUGGGAGUCGAAUCUUAUUAACUACUAGGGAAACAGAGGUAGCGAUAUAUGCAAACACUAGUAGCCCUCAUGAGAUGAACGUCUUGAAUUUGGAAAAUAGUUGGAAGUGA